AUGCAACGAAAAGAGCCCCAACCUCACCAGAUCCCCAACCUCACCAGAUCCCCAACCUCACCAGAUCCCCAACCUCACCAGAUCCCCAACCUCACCCAGCCCCAACCUCACCAGAGCCCCAACCUCACCAGAGCCCUAACCUCACCAGAUCCCCAACCUCACCAGAGCCCCAACCCGCCAGAGCCCCAACCUCACCAGAGCCCCAACCUCACCAGAGCCCCAACUCCACCAGAGCCCCAACCUCACCAGAGCCCCAACCUCACCAGAUCCCCAACCUCACCAGAUCCCCAACUCCACCAGAGCCCCAACCUCACCAGAGCCCCAACCUCACCAGAUCCCCAACCUCACCAGAGCCCCAACCUCACCAGAGCCCCAACCUCACCAGAUCCCCAACCUCACCAGAGCCCCAACCUCACCAGAGCCCCAACCUCACCAGAGCCCCAACCUCACCAGAGCCCCAACCUCACCAGAGCCCCAACCUCACCAGAUCCCCAACCUCACCAGAGCCCCAACCUCACCAGAGCCCCAACCUCACCAGAGACCCAACCUCACCAGAUCCCCAACCUCACCAGAGCCCCAACCCCACCAGAGCCCCAACCUCACCAGAGCACCAACCUCACCAGAGCCCCAACUUCAACAGAGACCCAACCUCACCAGAGCCCCAAACUCAACAGAGCCCCAACCUCACCAGAGCCCCAACCCCACCAGAGCCCCAACCUCACCAUAUCCCCAACCUCACCAGAGCCCCAACCUCACCAGAGCCCCAACCUCAACAGAUCCCCAACCUCACCAGAGCCCCAACCUCACCAGAUCCCCAACUCCACCAGAGCCCCAACCUCACCAGAGCCCCAACCUCACCAGAGCCCCAACCUCACCAGAGUCCCAACCUCACCAGAGCCCCAACCUCACCAGAUCCCCAACCCAACCAGAGCCCCAACCUCACCAGAGCCCCAACCUCACCAGAUCCCCAACCUCACCAGAGCCCCAACCCCACCAGAGCCCCAACCUCACCAGAGCCCCAACCUCACCAGAGCCCCAACUUCAACAGAGACCAAACCUCACCAGAGCCCCAAACUCAACAGAGCCCCAACCUCACCAGAGCCCCAACCCCACCAGAGCCCCAACCUCACCAUAUCCCCAACCUCACCAGAGCCCCAACCUCACCAGAGCCCCAACCUCAACAGAUCCCCAACCUCACCAGAGCCCCAACCUCACCAGAUCCCCAACCUCAUCAGAUCCCCAACCUCAUCAGAUCCCCAACCUCACCAGAGCCCCAACCUCAUCAGAGCCCCAACAUCACCAGAUCCCCAACCUCAUCAGAGCCCCAACCUCAACAGAGCCCCAACCUCAACAGAGCCCCAACCUCACCAGAUCCCCAACCUCACCAGAGCCCCAACCUCAACAGAGCCCCAACCUCAACAGAGCCCCAACCUCACCAGAGCCCCAACCUCAACAGAGCCCCAUCUUCAACAGAGCCCCAACCUCAACAGAUCUCCAACCUCAACAGAGCCCCAACCUCACCAGAUCCCCAUCCUCAACAGAGCCCCAACCUCACCAGAGCCCCAUCUCAUCAGAUCCCUAACCUCACCAGAGCCCCAACCUCACCAGAGCCCCAACCUCACCAGAGCCCCAACCUCACCAGAGCCCCAACCUCAUCAGAUCCCCAACCUCACCAGAGCCCCAACCUCACCAGAGCCCCAACCUCAGCAGAGCCCCAACCUCAGCAGAGCCCCAAUCUCACCAGAGCCCCAACCUCACCAGAGCCCUAAUCUCAUUUGA